GGGGAGAGGAAGAGUGGUAGGGGGAGGGAGAGAGAGAGGAAGAGUUUCCAAACUUGUCUCCAGUGACAGGAGACAUUUACGCUCCACAAGAUAAAACUGCCACUUAGAGCCCAGGAGAGCUAAACCUUCCUGGCUUGGCCUAGGGGCUCGAGCAGAGUCAUGGGCUCUCUGGGCCUGACACUGUGCGCUCUUUUCUGCCUGGCAGCUCACUUGGUUUCUGGGAGCCCCAUCAUGAGCCUAGAGCAGUCUCCUCUGGAAGAAGAUAUGCCCCUUUUUGAUGAUGUUUUCUCAGAGCAAGAUGGUGUCGACUUUAACACACUGCUCCAGAGCAUGAAGGAUGAGUUUCUCAAGACACUAAACCUCUCUGACAUCCCCACGCAGGAUUCAGCCAAGGUGGACCCACCAGAGUACAUGUUGGAACUCUACAACAAAUUUGCAACAGAUCGGACCUCCAUGCCCUCUGCCAACAUCAUUAGGAGUUUCAAGAAUGAAGAUCUGUUUUCCCAGCCAGUCAGUUUUAACGGACUCCGAAAAUACCCCCUCCUCUUCAAUGUGUCCAUUCCUCACCAUGAAGAGGUCAUCAUGGCUGAACUUAGGCUGUACACACUGGUGCAAAGGGAUCGUAUGAUAUACGAUGGAGUAGACCGGAAAAUUACCAUUUUUGAAGUGCUGGAGAGCAAAGGGGAUAAUGAGGGAGAAAGAAACAUGCUGGUCUUGGUGUCAGGGGAGAUCUAUGGAACCAACAGUGAGUGGGAGACUUUUGAUGUCACAGAUGCCAUCAGACAUUGGCAAAAGUCAGGCUCGUCCACCCACCAGCUGGAGGUUCACAUUGAGAGCAAACACGAUGAAGCUGAGGAUGCCAGCAGUGGACGACUGGAAAUAGACACCAGUGCCCAGAAUAAGCAUAACCCUUUGCUCAUAGUGUUUUCUGAUGACCAAAGCAGUGACAAGGAGAGGAAGGAGGAACUAAAUGAAAUGAUUUCCCAUGAGCAACUUCCAGAGCUAGACAACUUGGGCCUGGAUGGCUUUUCCGGUGGACCUGGGGAAGAGGCUUUGUUGCAGAUGAGAUCAAACAUCAUCUACGACUCCACUGCCCGAAUCAGAAGGAACGCCAAAGGAAACUACUGUAAGAGGACCCCGCUCUACAUCGACUUCAAGGAGAUUGGGUGGGACUCCUGGAUCAUUGCUCCGCCUGGAUACGAAGCCUAUGAAUGUCGUGGUGUUUGUAACUAUCCCCUGGCAGAACAUCUCACACCCACAAAGCAUGCAAUUAUCCAGGCCUUGGUCCACCUCAAGAAUUCCCAGAAAGCUUCCAAAGCCUGCUGUGUGCCCACAAAGCUAGAGCCCAUCUCCAUCCUCUAUUUAGACAAAGGCGUCGUCACCUACAAGUUUAAAUACGAAGGCAUGGCCGUCUCCGAAUGUGGCUGUAGAUAGAAGAAGAGUCCUGUGGCUUAUUUAAUAACUGUAAAUGUGUAUAUUUGGUGUUCCUAUUUAAUGAGAUUAUUUAAUAAGGGUGUACAGUAAUAGAGGCUUGCUGCCUUCAGGAAAUGGACAGGUCGGUUUGUUGUAGGAAAUGCAUAUUUUCCUCUCCAGUUAAGUCCCUUUCAAUCUGUUUUCUCUUUGGACUUGCCAUUUCCUGGCAAUGCCACCUCCAUGUUGAUUUGAAAACAACUCCUAGGCAAAAUACAGUGUCAAAAGACACAUACUUGUGUAUGUAUAUUUGUACAUACAUGAACUUACAGAAAUCUUUUGGUUCUAUGCAGGCAGAUUAUACUCAUCUACAUGCAUGAUUCACUCAAAAGUGUGCAUAUUAAAGGCCAAUGGUAUGUUCUCUGUUACCUCUUCUCUGAGUAAGAUUUAAGUCAAGAUAAUUUGCAUCAGGGUUUUAAUCAUCCUAGGAAGUAUUACAAUUCCUAAAUACUCUGGAAAUGUAAGUGUAACGUUUGUCAGUUGAGUUUCUGUGGUUGCUCAGAGAGGCGGGGACUGGCAAAGGAUGCUUGAAAGGAAGGGUUAAUUGAUACAGAAACCAAAUGGACUCAAGAGGUCUUAGAGGUACAACAGGAAAAACUGAACCCAUGGGGGACCAGUGUGCUCCAGAGGGCAGCUCCUGGUCAAGGCAGGAAAACAGAAGAAACCAGCAUGAAUCUGUUCCUGAGACAAUAGGAAAGCAAGGCCAUGAGUACUGGCUGUUGCUGCUGCUGCGGAGAGUAGAGGGGUCGGGAGGGCACUUGAAGGGGAGAAAGGGAGAAAGGGAAAAGGAUAUUCAUGCUAUCCUCAGAGGCUAUCCUCAGAUGUGUCUGUAAAAUCAUAAGCGAUUCUAUUUAAAGAAUUAAAUCUUUUGGACAAAAUAGAAGUAUCAAAGACUAACAGGAGGAAAAUCAGAAGGGAUCUGUCUGUUAGAAGUAAGGAUGUUAAUAUCUUUCUUCACCUGUUAAUGCUGUUCCCUUGUCUCCACACCCCUGCUUUCCUCUGCUCCAUCUUCUUUCUUCCCUCUUUCUUCUUUGCUCUAGUGCCUCACGCCUUCCUCCCAUCCCUGUGUUCCUGCUCUUCCCUGGCCUUCAUGACGCAUGCUGUGAACUGGAAAGGGACACCUAAGUGCCUUUGUUCUCAGGGUGAAAGGAGUUAGUGUUCUAAUUUCUAAAUCUUGCCCUGAUAUUUAAUUUGAUUUUAUUUUAAUACUAUCCUUUAUCAAAUGUUGAAUACUUAGGUAUAAGAAAAAAGAAAACCAGAAUAAGUAAGUAUAAGAAAAA